AUCGAAUUGUCGACGCCUCGUCAGUUUGCUCUACGACAAUGGCCAGGUCGCGUCUCGGUCUCGCUUUCGUUGCGUUUGUGGCAUCGUCAAUUGUUUUUGUCAGUGGAAAUGAUGGCAGUAUCUGUACGCGUCUUGGACAGUUGAAACGAAACCUUCGUUUCACUCUCGGCUCGCAUACCACGGACUUCUCUGGCACGACAGGAACACACAGACUGGAUUGUGUUGAUCCUUACUUUCUGGACGGACCUUCAGAAGUAACGUGUACAAAGGGGAAAUGGGUACCAGAUCUACCAGAGUGCAAGACUUGCAAUGCUCAGUUGGGGCGCGUAUUGCAGAACACUGCACAGCGUGGAAAGGAUUGUGUGUGUAAAGUAACGACAGAUAGUUGUAUAUCGUCCACGGGGAAGGUGUGUGGUACAGAUGCAAAGACGUACGAUUCCGAAUGUUACAUGAAAGCAGCAAUCUGCGAAGAAGGAAGGCUCAUUGAAAAGGCUCACGAUGGACCUUGUGAAUAUGGUGGUGUAUGCACUCUGCCUAAACCGAGUGGUACCUGUCCUGCGUUUGAAAAACGUUGGUAUUACAAUCUUCAGCGUACGAGGUGUGAGCAAUUCGACUUUGGUCAGUGCUUCACUGGGAGGAAUGUCUUUACGACGAGACAUGAGUGUAACAGACGAUGUGAAUGUGAUGCUUGGUGCUUGAAUCCUGUCAAAGUGGGUCCAUGCAAGCACAAUGAGACAACCGAGAGGUUCUAUUAUGAAAAAGCAAUAGAGACUUGCAAGACAAUGCGCUACAGCGGAUGUGGUGGCAAUGAGAACAACUUUGCCUCUUUCAAAGACUGCAGUACUGUAUGUCUCAAUCAAAAAAAUGCGCCUGAACCUGAUGCUAACUGUUCUACUCGGCACACGACUACACUUGAUCAAGCUUGUGGAAGACGGACGAGGACAUCUGACGAUAACAAUUUUUUGGUCACCAUAUCAGUUGAUCACGAUGAAGCAACGAUUAAUGGAUAUUUAGGCUACCUUGUGAUGGUAUGGAAAAAGUUCUAUGGUCCAGAUCGAGUUUACGAAUCAAAUCAAGAAUUCAUUGUCAAUGAGAGCACGACUUGUCCCUGUCGAGCUUUGCUCAAAGGAGGAGAGUACUUGAUCAGUGGUGUGGUGAAAUACUUUGGCAAAACUCAAAGGCUCUCGAUCAAUGACGACAGCUUUGUGAAGCCAUAUACUAAUUUUCAGAAACUUCAAGCUUGUGUGAACAAUGUUGCGAAUUGCCAGUAGAGCUAAGGGACUUGUACAGUGUUGACUCGAUUAUGGUGGACACUUGACGUAUACCAAUAGUACAAUUGUUUGUAGGUUAAAUUUGAAGUAUCAUAGACAAAAGGUGUUUACUACAA